AUGAGCUUUCAGCGAAUUUGCCAGCAACGUUUGUUUCUUCCGGUAAGGUGCUUGAUAAAUGCAAGUCAACAGCAAGCAGGGUGCAAGUCGACUGAAACUGAAAGAUGGAUUCAUAACCAGAAUGACCCCCAAACAUUCUCUGUGUUUUGGAACCUUUUUGGAAACUACCACAGCUUUAGACGAUUUCACAUACUCAAACCUAGAACAGAGAAUACUCAACAUACUAAAAGAAAAUGUCCCUAUUGCUUUAAAUUACAGAGGUUUACUGGUAGCACAUCAACUUCAUCAAGAGGAGACAAUAUUACAGAAGAGAAAUCAUCUCAACGCCCUAAAUCUAAUUCAACAAUUGACGCAGAUGAAGUGAGUAAAUUCUCAGCUCUGUCAGCAUUGUGGUGGGAUGAAGGUGGAGAAUUCGAAGCUCUGCACUCACUAAAUGAUUUGAGAAUCCCCCUAAUCAGAGAUGCACUUGUCUCAAAGAAAAAACUAGAUCAGUAUGAUGUAUCUAAGCCGCUGGAGGGCUUUCAGAUCCUUGAUGUAGGCAGUGGAGGUGGAUUGUUGUCUGAGCCUUUAGCCAGAUUAGGAGCAACAGUAACAGGACUAGAAGCUUCAGAUGAAAACAUUAAAAUAGCCCAAGCCCAUUUGAUACAUGAUCCCCAAAUUAAAGACAAAAUUAGCUAUUACCAGUCAACAGUUGAAGAUUUUGUUCUGGCCCAUGAAGCCAAAUUUGAUGCAGUUGUAGCUUCAGAAGUAUUAGAGCAUGUUGCAGAUGCACCAACAUUUGUUUCUGCUGCUUGCAAGCUUGUGAAGCCUGGUGGGUCCAUAUUUUUUACAACACUAAACAAAACUCAGCUGGCUUAUGCUUUCGGGAUAGUAGUAGCAGAAAAUAUUCUUCGGCUAGUACCACCAGGAACUCAUGACUGGGAAAAAUUUGUUCCACCUUCUGACCUACAAAAUAUGCUGGAGAAAAAUAAUUUCUCUGUGAGACUGGUUCAUGGGAUGUGGUAUAACCCAUUAGGCAAGCGUUGGUCUUGGGGAAAGGACACCAGCAUUAAUUAUGCCAUUCAUGCAGUGAGAUUAUCCAGUGGGGAUGAAGGUGACACAAAAUAGAAUGUUCGUCUUGAGAUGAUUUAACUCAUUACUCUCACAUAAAUAAAGAUGACAUCUAGAAG